GGCGAGGCCGUGUAGCUAUCGCGCUUGGGAUAGUAAUAAUCCAAGACGUUUGUGGCAGUUUUGUUCUGGUUAAUGUUGUAGUCCGCAAUAUCCUCCCGGUAUGGUGAUGCUGUGCCCAGAUGGGCGAGAGUGAGGAGCGACAGCAGCGCUGUGCGCACCCACAUGGUGGAAAGACGAGACGAGUCUGUGCUGGUGAACCUGAUAUGCUAUGGUACGGGGCGAGAGAACCGAGCGAGAACCGUGGUAGUAAACGUCCUGAAAGAGGGAAGAGGGUGGAAAGAAACGAAAGGGAGGAGAGCCGGGGAGGCUAUUACGGCGGGACGUGCAGGAGGAGGGAGGAUGUUGGGACACGAAGCCGAACAGGCGCUGGAGAGAGCCCAGAAAUCGCCGCCUCGUUUUAUUUGGCCGUUCUCGCGCCGGCAGCCAGACGCCGGCCGCGGCGGAGGCGGCCUCAACCUCCCGUCCUACGCCCACCUUGCUCGCCUCCCAGCCUCGUUCACCAGCAGCUCUGGUGCGCACACAGCCCACAGCUGCUGCUGCAACCCGGCCCCGCCGUCCGCCCCCGCCGCCCUGCGCAGUGCGCUGCGGCCAUGCAUCCCCGCCCUGGCUGACCAAGACGCCUUCCGGAAUCGGAAUCACAGCGUCGGCUACGCGACGACGUCCCUGAUCGAGUCUGCCCAGCCUUCAGCCACAGCCGCGGAGUGUGAGCCCUUCCUUUUAGGGCAGCACCCACCUCGGCGCCUCCCUUCAUUGAGGGGCCCAUCUCGGCCUAAACUUCUUGCAAAGGCACUUGCCCCAAGCCGUCGGCCGCUCCUCGAGGAACUGCCCUGUCUCAGACCACACAAAAGCGUCCGCGACAGAGCUCUCAUUCACGAAUGCGCACCAGCAGCAUCAUUUUCUGCGUGCAUAUCUAGCGCAAGCUUACCACUUCUCUUGAUGGCCUGGCCGUGGAAGAUGAUAGCGUUUGCGGCGCGGCGGCAGCGACCAACCUCCAUGCACCAUGAGUGCCACCACGGCGCUGACAUCAAGCUGACAUCGACACGCAAAUUCCACACUGCCUUGGCGCACCACCGCGACAUGUCGAAUCUUCGGAGUCCACGCCAAUCCACAGAACAGGUGUCGACGUCGACACGCGACGAAUGAUGCCCUCACUGUCUUACUCUGUGCAUGAGAAGUCGACCCAGCUCAUCGGAGUCGUCCGACUUGAAGGUCAGAAGAAAGCGGCCAAGCUGGAAACCAUCUCUCCACAA